GAAGCAGGCCUUGUUGAGCGCCGCCUACCAGAAAGUUUACUUUCAGUUUUAACUGAGUUCUGUUAUGUUUUAUCUCAAAUCUGACCUGAGAUUUAUUUUAUUAGCUUCAAGCUUGUUGAUCAAGACGAUCUUGUAAAAAUAACCCUAAAAUCAGGCCUGGGAUUUAUCUAAAUUAUAACAACACGAUUUUAAAACAAUGUUCAAGUUUUAAUUUUUUUUAGUUUGGAUCAGAUCUUCAAGAACCCGCGCAGUUUGGAACAAUCUGUGUUCUUUAAAUAUAAUUGAAUGUGUUCUGUUUAGAUUCUGAUCGGUUGUAAACAAAGGGCAUUCUGUAUUAUUUGAAUUAAAUACUUUUUAAAUCUAUAAUUAAUCUUUAAUCCCCCCGCCAUUUCGUCCUGUACCUGCGGAGUAGGAUUGUUACUGACUCCACGCGAUGUCAGACAGUCCCAAGCCCCGGCUGGUAUCUCUAUCACAUCAGAAACUGCCUCUCACCCCCUUCGGAUGUUUAUGGAUCCCGUGCAGUAACCGAUUCGUUUGCCUGGGGACUGACUCCGGCUCUGGGGCACCAAGUCGGGGAAUAAUCGGCGUGUACGAGACAACAAGCGGAGAGAUCAAAGACAUACAUACGAUUGAAAAGCCCAGAGCUUUCAGGUGUGGGACAUUUGGAGCCACCAGUCUACAGCAGAGGCACCUGGCAACAGGAGACUUUGAAGGCAAUCUUCACAUCUGGAACUUGGAAGCAUCUGAAACUCCCCUCUACUCAGCCAAAGCACAUCAAGAAAUCAUUAACUGUAUUGAUGGUGUGGGUGGGCUUGAAAAUGGACAUGGGGCCCCAGAGAUUGUCACUGGCAGCAGGGAUGGUACAGUGAAGGUCUGGGAUUCACGGCAAAAGGACCUUCCUGUGGCCAACAUGGAGCCUGCAGUAGGAUUCAACAGGAGAGAUUGUUGGACAGUUGCUUUUGGCCACUCAUGCACCCAGUGGGACCGCUGUGUUUGUGCCGGAUAUGACAAUGGGGAUAUUAAACUAUUUGACUUACGAAACAUGGAAGUGCGAUGGGAGACAAACGUCAAGAGUGGGGUUUGCUGUGUAGAGUUUGAUGGAAAGGACAUAAGUUUGAACAAACUGGUGGCAACGACGUUGGAAGGAAGGGUCCAUGUCUUCAAUAUGCAGAAGUAUCACAGAAACAGUGGCUUUACCUGUCGGAGUGAGAAGCCAUACAAAUUUACAGCUUGGGUGGUGCGGCAUUUGCCUCAAAAUCGAAGUAUCUUCAUAACAAGUGGAGGAGCCGGCUGCCUUCACCUGUGGAAACACAGUGAAUCUUUAACGAUGCUUGAUAGAAGUGACCAUGAACCAGAUGACAAGAUUUCAACAUGUACCACCACACUGCUGAACAACAUCUCCCUCUCAUCUCAACCCAUUGGUAGCCUGGAUUGGAAUACUGAUAAGCAAGGACUCUGUAUCUCUGCAUCCUUUGAUCAUAAUGUUCACAUCCUCAUGAUCACAGAGCAGCAGAGUUUCUGAACACACCAGUGAAGAGCACAGGAGCUGAGGACAGAAUGGAAUCAUUGUCAAUGCUUGAAAUUUCACACGAGUCAAUGGACACAUCAAGAUUCUUAUCAGGGAAAAAACACUCUCAGGACGUGACAAAGUAGUAAUGUUAUAUUAGGGUUUAUACUGUAAUAAAGAAGUUGAAUUAUUCCAUUUCAUUAUUUUGCCAAGUAUUUGGAAUAGCAAAGUGGAUUUAAAUUCCACUCAAUGCUUAGUGAAAAAGGAUAUGCAAUAGAAUACCAAAAUAUUGCCAAUUAUGCCCAAAUUAUUUCCACUCUUAAAAUUCACUUGUGUGGCACAUACAUCUCUGAAUGGCCAACAUUUAUUUCCUGUCCCUUGCUGUCCUUGAGAUGGUGGUGUGGGCUGCCUUCUUGAACUGCUGCAGACCAGGUCUGUGGGUAGGUCCACAAUGCCACUGGGAGGGAAUUCUAGGGUUUUGACCCAGCGACAGUGAAGGAAUAGCAAUAUAUUUCCGAGGCAGGCUGGUGAGUA